GCGCAACAGAAAUCAGGCGGCGGUUGACUUGAUCAAGGUCUUGCAUUACCGUAGUCCUCCCUGUUAGUCCGGUUUUUAUCUGCGCGCUGUUUCCAAGCAAAAUCAGACGGGCAACACUGUAAACACACUACAGUGCUCGACAAACACUGCAGAUGUUUUGCUUUAGGCCGUUUUUCUCGCCAUACGAGCUAAACGAUGGACGAUAUGUACCACUAUCCCGUUUUCUUCGCGUGUCACAACCUGCCUGGAGAGCAGAUAAAAAAAAUAGAGACUUAUUUCCAGAUUCGCCGGCGAUCAGGCGGCGGAGACUGCGGACCAUUGAGGCGUGUGAAUGAUCAAGGCUACAGCGUUGCUUUCAAAUAUGAGAAAGAUCAGCAGGCAGUCCUGCAGAGAUACAAGCAUGUCGUGGAGCUUGCUGAUGGUUGUCUGGUAUUCACUGUACGAGGCAGCCUGGAUCCCCCCUCCUCUCCCAUCACCACCUCCACUGCAAGUCUUGAUUUUACAGCUCCAGUACAGAGCCCACAGUCCAUUCCUGCUUCAACUCCUCCACCAAGUGGUGGAAACUAUGAACUACAACUUGACCUUUACCUCCUUCGCUACCUAAAGGAAAGCCCCAACGCUGGGAAAGAACUAGAGAAAGAACUCUCUUCUGUGGCCUGCUCUGCCAAGCUUUACCCAGAGGAUGAGAGGGCUUUAGUUAGGUGCUUAGCUCAACCUGGUGCAGAAGAUGAAGUUAGAAACUGGAAAGCUGAAGUAGACAAAGUUUUUGAUGGAUAUCUGUGCCACUAUGAGGUUGACCCUCACAAAGUUAAAUCUUUGCUUCAGUCCUGCAGCUCCCGUCAGGUCACAGAUGAGGUGAAGGUGUACAGCGAGGUUGGGAUGGCUGUUGUUGUUGGGAAACGUUCACAGGUGAAGGCCAGGUUGAUGGAUGUAGAGCACUCACGGGUUAAACAAGGGUCAAGUUUAAGUGAAAAGCAAACCAGCAUUCGCCGACUUGGCACAGCCAAACUCCGUCUCCUUUGGACAGAGAUUGAGCACAGUCUGGGACGAGAUUUUCCAGGUGUGAAGGUCACACAGGGAGAUGCAGGGCAGUUAGUUUUGGAAGGUUCUGUUGAGGAGAUUCUUAAGGCCGGAGACCAGAUCUCUGAUAUAGAAAAUUUGGUGUCAGAAAGGACAGUUUCUGACAUGAGCCCACAUUUUUUGGCCUUCCUCAGGAGGGCAUAUGGAGGUCCAGGGGUGCUAAGUGAUUUAGGGUUUGGUGACAAGGUGGAAGUAGAGUUACGAGACACAGAGCUGCAUUUGUUCAGCCGCUCUGCUGAAAAACUGGAUGAGACAGAGAAAAAACUGCAAGAAAAAUUCAAGGAAGUCAAGAUCUAUGUGCCUAACUGCUCCGCUGUGCCAUCUGAGCUUCAGGAAAAGCUUAAGUCCAAGACAAAUGAGAUGAACCGAGGGCAGCAUAGGGCUCAGGUUGUGUUUGGCUCAGACAGCACAGUGUUCCUACUGGGCCACACGAAGGAGGUCGAAGAGCUGAGUGAAACUGUCACACAGUUUAUUUUGGACCAGUCUUGUGUGCAAAGCAUAGUCGAUCUCCCUUUCCCAGAGUUAGCACAAGAGUUACCAGAAUUGCUGCAGCUGCAUGGUUUUGACUAUUCAGGGGUUACCCUCCAUACUUUAACAUCUUCCUCUGGGCCUGUGGUAAUGCUGGAAGGUCCAUCCAGCAAAGUGACUGAGGUCAGGAACAACUUGGGUCCAUUUUUGGACUCCCUUAUUCAGGAUAAAGGCGCUACUGACUCAUUAGGAGCAGUAAGAAAUAUCCGUACUCCCACUGGGAAAGAUAAACUCGUAAGUGUUACACAGAAUUUGGCAUCUUUGAGUUUAAGUGAAGUUAACAUAGUUGCUAGCUACAGCCUUUGUGGCGGACUCCAGGUUCUGGUGUGUCAGGGGGACAUCACCAAACAGGUUGCUGACGCCCUGGUGAACGCUGCCAAUGGAGACCUGAAACACUGUGGCGGUGUUGCUGCUGCACUGAGUAAAGCAGGUGGCCCUCAGGUUCAGAAAGAGAGCAGCGCUAUAGUAAAGCAGACUGGGAAAAUUC